CGCAAACAUUUUGACGGGUCUGGCUUUGCCCUGCUGGAUUACGGAGUGUCCCUCUCUCCCGCUCUACACCCCCCCCUCCCCAACUAUCUGCUUCUGCCCUCCCUCCCCACCCCCUCGCCGCCACCCUGCUCCCUCUCCCCCGCGCAUCUCUGAGACAGGGGCUCUGCACACCCCGGGACCUUGGGGCUCCCGUCCCGUCCAUGGGAAGAGCAUGCAUUGCGGGUUGCUGGAGGAACCCGAUAUGGACUCCACAGAGAGUUGGAUCGAACGAUGUCUCAAUGAAAGUGAAAACAAACGUUAUUCCAGUCACACCUCUCUGGGGAAUGUUUCUAACGAUGAAAAUGAGGAAAAAGAAAAUAAUAGAGCAUCAAAACCUCAUUCAACUCCAGCUACAUUGCAAUGGCUGGAGGAGAACUAUGAGAUUGCAGAAGGUGUUUGCAUYCCUCGGAGCGCUCUCUACAUGCAUUACUUGGACUUCUGUGAGAAAAAUGACACACAGCCUGUUAAUGCUGCCAGCUUUGGGAAGAUAAUAAGACAACAGUUCCCACAACUAACGACAAGAAGGCUUGGAACCAGAGGCCAAUCAAAGUACCAUUAUUAUGGGAUUGCAGUGAAAGAAAACUCCCAGUAUUAUGAUGUGAUGUAUUCUAAAAAAGGAGCAGCCUGGGUCAACGAAACAGGAAAAAAAGAAGUAACCAAACAGACAGUGGCGUAUUCACCACGAUCCAAACUGGGAACRUUGCUGCCAGAGUUUCCAAAUGUCAAAGAUCUAAAUCUGCCAGCCAGUCUGCCAGAGGAGAAGGUUUCUACCUUCAUUAUGAUGUACAGGACUCACUGUCAGAGGAUACUUGACACUGUAAUAAGAGCAAACUUUGAUGAGGUUCAAAGUUUUCUUCUGCACUUUUGGCAAGGGAUGCCUCCUCACAUGCUGCCCGUGCUGGGCUCCUCCACUGUGGUGAAUAUAGUGGGAGUUUGUGACUCCAUUCUCUACAAGGCAAUCUCUGGAGUUUUGAUGCCCACAGUACUACAAGCCUUACCUGACAGUUUGACGCAGGUGAUCCGAAAGUUUGCAAAGCAACUGGAUGAGUGGCUGAAGGUGGCUCUGCAUGAUUUGCCAGAAAACCUACGAAAUAUCAAAUUUGAGUUGUCCAGAAGAUUCUCACAAAUACUACGGCGACAGACAUCCCUAAAUCAUCUCUGCCAAGCAUCAAGAACGGUGAUCCACAGUGCAGACAUCACAUUUCAGAUGCUGGAGGACUGGAGGAACGUGGAUCUGAACAGCAUUACCAAACAAACCCUCUACACCAUGGAGGACUCGCGGGAGGAGCACAGGAAGCUCAUCAUACAAUUGUAUCAGGAGUUUGAUCACCUUUUGGAGGAGCAGUCCCCCAUCGAGUCGUACAUCGAGUGGCUGGAUUCCAUGGUGGACAGAUGUGUUGUAAAGGUAGCUGCCAAGAGACAAGGCUCUUUGAAGAAAGUAGCUCAGCAGUUUCUCCUGAUGUGGUCCUGUUUUGGCACUCGAGUGAUUCGGGACAUGACUUUGCACAGCGCGCCCAGCUUUGGGUCUUUUCACCUUAUUCACUUGAUGUUCGAUGACUACGUAUUGUACCUGCUAGAAUCACUCCAUUGUCAGGAGAAAGCUAAUGAGCUAAUGAGGGCAAUGAAAGGAGAAGGAAGCACAGCAGAAAUACGAGAAGAAAUUAUUCUGAGUGAACCAGCUGCUCCAACUCCCUCCCCAGCACCAUUCUCCCCAGCAAAAUCUGCCACCUCCGUGGAAGUGCCCUCUGCCCCAUCACCCAUCAGCAAUCAGUCCCCAGAGUAUGGUGGCAUUACAGCUUCCACAGGGGCCAUGCAAUCCUACACGUGGUCACUCACCUACACCGUGACAACAGCCGCUGGUUCACCUGCUGACAAUUCCCAGCAGCUGCCCUGCAUGAGAAGCCCCCACGUCCCUUCAUCGUCCGUCACACACCGGAUACCUGUUUAUCCCCACAGAGAAGAACAUGGAUACACAGGAAGUUAUAACUAUGGUAGCUAUAGCAACCAGCAUCCCCAUCCAAUGCAGAGUCAGUAUCCAUCCCUACCACAUGACACUGCUAUUUCUGGACCACUUCACUACUCAGCUUACCACAGAAGCUCUUCACAGUACCCUUUCAAUGGCCCAACAUCAAGAAUGGAGCCCUGUUUGAUGAGCAGUACUCCCAGGCUGCAUCCCACACCAGUGACUCCUCGCUGGCCAGAGGUCCCAGCUGCCAAUUCCUGCUACACAAGCUCAUCCAUGCACUCCACAAGAUAUGGGAAUUCCAGUGACAUGUACACCCCCUUGACAACACGCAGAAAUUCUGAGUAUGAGCACAUGCAACACUUUCCUGGCUUUGCCUACAUCAAUGGGGAAGCCACCACAGGCUGGGCUAAGUGA